AUGAAGCGCGAAAGAAACAAGCUAUUAAAUGAAAGCAAAGGAAAAAGGAAAAAAAAAGAUAAGAUAACAGGAACAGGAAUCAAUGAAAAAAAAGGAGAUACAUUUAACCCUCAGCUUAGUGCGAGGGAGUUGAAGAAAAUACAGUACUACGAAAAUAUGUUUAAGAAAAUGGAGAAGCAAAAGGAGGAGAAUGGUAAUGAAAGGGAGAAUAAAAACAAAAAAAAAAGUAGUCAUGUGAGAAAAACGAAAAAGGAAGAUACAGCAAAUAAUAAAAAGGAAUUUGAUGAAAACAAAGUGGUAUAUGAGCAUAUAAUUAAGGAUGCAAAAAAUGAAGAUGUCCAUAGUAGUAAAGAGGAAUAUGAAAAUUUAGAAAUGAAUGAGCAAAAAUAUCAGAAGCUUUCCCGAAAAAAAGUGAAUGCUAAUGAUAAUACGGAUGAAGAUUUUACACCUAAAAAUUCUACAAAAAAAGAGUAUACUAUUGAUGAAAAUGUAAGAGUAUGUAAUUCGAUUGAUAAAAAAAAUACAAACGAUAAUAUAUUGAAUAAUAAAGAGUUAAUUAUUAGAAUUAAAAAGGAGAAUUUAAGUAAAGAAAAAUGGAAAAAUUAUAAAAUAAAUGAGGGUAGUAAAAAUGGAACAAAUCAAAACAAAAAUGUUAUAAAUUGUAGCUUGUUUAAUAGUGAUAGCGAAAAUGAAACAGAUAAAUUAGGAGAAGUAAAUAAAAAAUAUCAAGAUGAUGAGGAUAAUAUAUUUUAUAGCACCAUUGAAGGGUUAAACAAUUACACUGCUAAAAGUAGAAGCAACGAUAGUGAUUAUGAUAGAAAUAAUAAUAAAAUCAUAGAAAUAAUAAAAGGAAAAAAGAAAUUCAAAUGUACAAAUAAUAAUUUGUUGCAAAUAAAUUCUGAAAAGGGGUACGUAUCAGAUGGUAAAAUUAAUUACAACAGUUCACAAAAUGAAAUAAGACUUAAAACAAAUGAGAAGAAAUAUUCAGGUAAAGAAAAAAAAAAUGUAUUAAAAAUAAAGAGAAGUUUUUCAGUAAAUUCUAAUAUAAAUGAAUACUUUCUUGAUAUUACCCCAAUUAUAUUGAAAUCCGGUUACGAUUCUAAUAGUUCCGAAAAUGGGGUUGAAUGUAAUGACAACCUUAAUUUGUAUAGUUUUGAAAAUAAGAAGAAAAAUGUAUUAAAUUUGUUAACAGGUAAUGUUGAAGGAAAGGAAAAAUUAACUUAUGCUAAUAAAUGUAUAAAAAGUGACAUAGUGAAAAAUAAAAUUUGUUACUACAAUUAUAAUACGCAAAGCAAGAAUAAAACAAAUGAAUGGAAUUUCCUGAAUAAUGAUACAAAGGAGAUAAUCGAAGAUAAUGAUAAUUUCGAUUUGUACUUAAAUCACAAAGAAUAUAUAGAUGAAAAUAUAAAUACGAAAUCAAGGAGUACCCAAUAUUUUAAUGAAGAAGUUAUAAGAAUAAAAAAACCCUUUGGUGGUAAAACUUUUAACAUAAAGUCAGCUAGCGAUAGUAAUAACAUUACCUAUGUUAAUAAAAAAUAUGAUAUUAAUUGUUGCAUAAACAAAUAUUUAAGUAAUAUGAGGUAUACUAAUUUGAAAAAAUUAAAAAAAGUAAAUAAGGCGAAUUUAAAUCUAUAUGUGAAAAGUUGCACAGAUUUUUUAAGCUUCGGUAAGUGUGAUAGUGCAAUUCUAUCCCUGAAAAAAUUUCAAAAUGCGUUACAGCAGGAGAGGGAGGGAUUGCAAUGA